CCUGCGCAUCAAAUGUAAUAUAAAAGCUUCUUGUUCGUUCAUUUACUACUUUUCACACCAACAUCGAGAAAUCAACCGCGCUCACCGCGACUCUGAAACUCUUCUUCAUUCCACGUUUGAUUUUGGUGACUGCAUCAUGCAUCUAAAAACUGUCUACUUCGUGCUUGGCCUUGGUUUCUUCUCAAUGGUCUGGAUGAUGCCUCUUUCUAGCAACACCAUAAAUAGGAGGGCACCAGAUGUCUACGUAACAGUCAUUCCAGACAAGAAUUCUCGGGCUUCGCAGGAUGUGAGGGGAUUCCUGGUGAAGGGUUUGGAAUACACUUUGAGAAAGAUGCCAGAACUGGGGUUGGGGUCCCCCAUUACCGUUUCGCCUCAACGUGUACAGAUAAGUCUUAGUGGAGUCAAUUUCCAAAUCCACAGUGCUUCCUCGCUUCUAGGCACAGGGAAUCUCAAGACAAAUUUUUAGUGGUCUCUCAGUCCGAGAUGAGUGUGGAAUUCAACAAUGGACAGCAUUG